GUUUAAACCUCUUUUUCCUGCUUUAUCCAUUUCUCUUCCUUCUUCUUCCCCUCCAAAACCUUAUCCCACCUCACAUACUCCCCUAACACCUCUCUAAACUCCUCCUUCAACCCUUUAAACCCUAUCACAAACCUCACCAAGUACCCAAAAAACCUAUUCACCUUCCAAAUCUUCAAAAAAUCCUUCUUCCCCUCUCUCUUCCUCACCUUCAGCAUCACCCCCAAUUCCUCCUCCUUCACCACCCCUUUCCCUUCUUCUUCCGCCCACUUCCACACACACUUGACCUUCUCUGCUGGAAAAUACCACUCAAACCCCCAAACCUCUCCAACCCCCUCAAAAUCACCACUCUCCGUACCCCAAUCGCCAAUUUCCCCCACUUCACUGCCCCUCUCACAGCCCUAACAGCCACACAGAAUUCCCUUUACCCCAUCCCAAGCCUCCAGCUCCGAGUAGUCUCCUUAAAAGAUAGUUGACCAGUAAAUCCAGAAUUUACUGGCACAAGAUGGCGAGGGGUAGUGGAGCUGUACUGAGGAUUUUGAGGGAUUUAGAAGGGAUUUAGAAGGGAUAUGAGAAAGUUUAAGGGAGGGAUUUUGGAGAAAUGAGGGGGAAGGUGGCGUUUUGGGUGGAUAAAGGGCUUUGUGUAUGGUUUGGGUGUGGUUAGGGGGUUUAGGAUGUGAAUAGAGAUGAGGUUGGUUUGAGAGAAAAGAGAAAAUAGGGAAGUAGUUUAUAAAUAGCUUCAUAUAUUUAUUAGACUAUACCUUAUAUUACUCCAAAAACCAACCCUCCGCACCUAAAUUCUUCCAUUCCGACUCCAAAAUUCCUCCAAUUUCCUCUAAAAUUUCUCUAAAAGCUAAUUCACAAACUUUUCUUGCUUAAAACCCCAUGUAAUUAAAAUCAUUUUGAAUUCCUUAA